GAGACUACCCUUUAUCUAUACGAUGCUAGAUGGUACGGUGUUUGUAACCUAAGCUCUUCUCUUUUUGUUUGUUUUUUAAACUGGAAACUUCAAUGAAAAACGUGUGAAAACUAUAAACGGUGGAAAACCAUGGCUGAAAACGUUAAAAAAUAGGAACAGUCUGACAAAAGCAUCCGGUUGACGAACAUACUAUAAUUGUUGAAUGUUGUUUUGUAAAUAUGACAAAGUUAGUUUUAGUAAUAGUGAUAAUUUCAAUCUAUAAAGCACCAACAAUAGUAUCAAGUGCAUUCAAUGGCGAAAACUUGACAAUUUCAGACAAUUAUGGCGAAAAACAUCCAGUACCAGAUUUUGGUGCACAUAGUGUAGUAAGGCCUAAGAUAUAUCAUGGCAGAGAAAAACGGAAAAUUUCUACUACAAUCGUUGAGAAUGGCGGCCAUCUGGAUUACCUUCAUAUAAAAGUGAACGUGGAUGGAGAAAACAUGGUAUUAGAUUUAACAUUGAAUAAACAACUCAUCCCCAAAGGAUACUUCCAUAAUCAUCAAGCUAAUGGGGAUUACGUGAUUCACAGACCACAGACUACUAAGGAGGUUGAUCUGUGUCAGUACAAAGGAUCAGUUCGUGGAAAACCCAAGUCCUGGGUUGCUCUGUCAACUUGUGAUGGUCUGUCAGGUGUCAUUUUUGAUGGGAAGGAAAUGCAUUAUAUUGAGAAGGGCUCCAAAACUGAAGGCCUAGAUGGUAGUCAUUUUUUGUACAAACAUUCCGAUUUUAUCAACAAUGACCAGAGAUGUGGAUAUCAUGAUCAUAAUAAUUCAGUCUUAACAGAACAACAUAGUAGAAUACAUAGGUAUAGAAGAGAUGCGGAUCAACGUGAUGUAAUUCGUGGACCCUAUAACUCUAAUAAAGAAUCAAAAUAUGUAGAACUGGUUAUUGUGAUCGAUAAUCGUGAAUAUAAGGAGUUGGGUGAAAAUAAACCAAAAGUAUUGAACCAUGCGAAAACGAUAGCAAAUAUUAUUAAUGGACUAUACUCGCCUCUAAAUAUUUUUAUAGCACUAGUAGGAGUAGUGAUAUGGAGCGAAAAUGACGAAAUCAGUUUUUCUCCUAAUGGUGAUACUACUCUUACAAAUUUUUUACAUUAUAGAAGAGAACAGCUCAUCAAAACUCAUCCAAACGAUAAUGCUCAAUUAUUAACAAAAUUUAAUUUUGAAAAUGGAGUAGUAGGUAAAGCACUUAAGGGACCAAUAUGUACUUAUGAAUUCUCAGGCGGUGUAAAUACGGAUCAUUCUCCAGUAGUGGGACUGGUUGCCACAACAGUUGCACACGAAAUGGGCCAUAAUUUUGGAAUGGAACAUGAUACAAAUGAAUGUAAGUGUCCUGAAGACCGUUGCAUAAUGGCACCAUCUAGUAGCACUGUAGCGCCCGUUCACUGGUCAUCUUGCAGUUUAAACUAUCUUUUGCUAGCUUUCACUCACGGUAUGGAUUACUGUCUCAAGAAUAAACCAACGUCAUUGUUUGAUGGCCCUGUUUGCGGAAACGGCUUUGUAGAACCAGGAGAGGAGUGUGACUGUGGACUACCUGAAAGCUGCCAAAAUACAUGCUGUAAUCCAACUACAUGCAGACUUUAUGAUAAUGCUACUUGUGCUACUGGCGAAUGCUGUGAUUUUACUACCUGCACCCCAAAACAAGCUGGUACACUAUGCAGACCUGCAGACUACGAAUGUGAUUUACCAGAAUACUGUACAGGAGAUAACGAGUACUGCCCAAAGGAUGUUCAUAAGUUAGAUACAGAACAGUGUGAUGGUGGAAAAUCUUACUGUUACCAUGGAUUUUGUAGAACCCGAACUGACCAGUGCAAAUUGCUAUGGGGAGAAACUGGGAAGUCUAGUGACGAUCAGUGUUAUAUGAUGAAUACUAAGGGCACAAGACACGGAAAUUGUGGCUAUGAUAAGUUGACCCAAUCCUACUAUAAAUGUGAUAAUGAGAGUGUACUUUGCGGGAUGCUACAUUGCAAGCACCUCAAUGAAAGACUUGAGUUUGGAAUGGAGUCUGUCGCGAUUUUGUCGCAUUCCUUCAUUAACAAAAAGGGUUCGAUCAUACCAUGCAGAACGGCUUUGGUUGAUUUAGGUAUUAACCAAAUCGACCCUGGUCUCACUCCAGAUGGUGCAUUAUGUGGAGAAGGAAAGAUUUGUGUUAAACAGAAAUGUACCGCUGUGGCUAAUUUGAGAAAACAGAUACCUUCUUGCCCUCAAGAUUGCAAUGGUAAUGGAUGGUGUAAUAGUAGAGGGCACUGCCACUGUAAGGAUGGAUUUGCGCCACCAUAUUGCGACUAUCCAGGCCCUGGAGGGUCUGUAGAUAGUGGACCAGCCACUGAUCCAAACGCACGCAAUGGAAUCGUCACUGCGCUCUUUGUCGUUUUCCUCGGUAUCUUCCCAGUUGUGGCAAUCAUCUUCCUCCUCUCUUACUAUGCUCACCACAACGUGAAGCUGGGUUGGAAAUCCAAAAUGCCUGCAAUGUAUGUAAAUGUGACUGCAUGGAAGGGGAGCCGGUUUUUGCAUGAACUCACUACUCGCAUACCCAUUUUAUCAUUUAAAACGUGUGCAUUGUACAGAAAACCUGUUAGUGUGUCUCGUAAUGAAACUAAUACACCAUUAUAACAUAAGUAGUUAACUAACAUCAGUGUAGUAUUUGACUAGCGUGAUAUGUAUUCGAAAAGUAACGGUACAUUUGUCAGAAAAAAUAGGGGGAGGUGUAAAAAUAUCAGAUCGAAUGUUAAAAAAAUAUGAAAGAAGUGUAUCUGUAAUGUCUUUAUUAUAGGGCUGCAUGGCACAAUAUGAAAUUUGACAUGAACAAUUUUUACAGCAACUUUCACUCUCAACCUAAAUUCUGACUGUAUUUGAGUAUCCAUAUUCUGGGUAGCCGGAUGCUCACCUGAUCACAGUAAGAAAGCGGUAGUAGUAUAGAUCUAAUAACCCCUAUUGACAUUUUAGGUCCCCGCUUACUUUUGCUAGGUUGCCAGUUGUCGUAAAUUUUUUCUUGGCAAAUCUCAUAUCGUGUCAUUCGACACUUAUUCAACAAUGCUUCAUAUCCGUAAACAGGAGAUGAAAGCGACUUAAAACUGAACCAACCAGUACUUCUGUUUACGAUAGUCGUAUGAGGUUGUAGUCAACUAUGAACCAGCGAUUCUAAUUGAUAAUCUUUAAUUUAGUGAUGAGAGACAACUACUUUCGCGGUAAAAGUUAGCUUGAAAUAGCAGUUCUUUAAAUCUUUAAUUUAUUUCAGACAUGUACUACGAUCUAUUCUGCAUGGAAUUCUUUCAAAUCAGAUUCAAAAUUAUCGCAUGUUCUCUAUUAGGUAUUUUUUCUCGUUUAAAAAUACCGACUGUUCAUGCCAGCUUUUGGCUAAGCAUGUAGCACUUGUGUUUCGAAUACAUUUUGUAGUUAUGUAUAGGUCUUUUUAGCGAUUUUGGCGAUAAAAAUACGAGCAUCACUUUAAUAUAUCAAUCUCUCUCACGCAUAAGCGGGCCAUACACUCGCGAUGCGUACAUAAUUUAUGUUUACAUAUUGCGUAUGGCACUGAUACCGCCAAAAUCGGUAAAACGCCCUCAAGGCGACUAACAUUGGGUUAAUAUUUAAUUGGUGUAGGAUAUUAACAUGCGUUUUAUCUUAUCAUUUUAGAAGUAGCUGAAUGUUGAUUCUUUUCUUGAUAUAUUUUAACAACGAUUUUCCUCAUUAUUUUGUUUAUUGUACGAGAGUUGUCUCAAAAAUAUGGUUCCCACAUUUUUUCAGACACAAGGAAUUUUUUAUUUGAAAAACGAAUUUUCUAUUGGAAACAUUGAUUCUUAAGCUAUUUUUCUAUGUAGUCAAUAUUUUUCUUAGCAUGUUUUAGACGUAGUAUCCACUCUUUCAGUCCCGUCUCUAGGAAGCCGACAGCCGCUUGGAUACUUGGUAACUGCUCCUUGCAACUCAUCGUCCGUCACGAACUGUUGACCGCAUACGUGCUCCUUCAAUUUCGGAAACGCUAUGUCAGUGCUGUAAGGGGGAUGGGCAAUGACUUUCCAGUCUAAUCGCUCGAUUCAGUCCUCCGUUUGUAGUGACUACAAUGAUUUCAGAUUACCCGUCUCAGCUUUUUCAGAAGCCUCAGCAAUUUCAAGCACCUGUUCCCGGAUCGUGAUUCGCCGAUCUUCGAACAAGAUUUGUUCAACUUAGCCACAACUUCCUCUGAGAUCGACGGCCUCCCGCUUCGUUGUUCAUCCUGGAUGUCCAUGCGACCGUCAAAUAAUUCUGCGCCAUUUGAAGACAUGUUGGAUGCUUAUGCACAUUUCCCAUAUACUUCACUCAACUGGCGAUUGAUUUCUAUGGGUGGUCACGUUUAUGCGUGCAUAAAUCGGAUUUCCGCACGAAUUUUGCACCUGGCAAUGAAGAGCUCCAUUACGCAUGGCUGUCCGGCCGGUACUGAGCGUAGCCAAUAGGCGCUUCUAAUUAGGAUCGGUGGUAGGGGAGCCGACAAAGACGACGGUGUUGCCAGAUUUCACAUAGCAUCAUGCGCGGCAAAGCUACAGCGUUUGGAACCUUAUUUUUGAAACAACCCUCGUACAGCCACACAUUUUUUCUUUUGCAAAACUGUUUACUGUGUCUGAUUAUUUAGAAAUAAGCAUAGUCUCUUGAAUAAGAUUGUAAAAAAUAACCAGCCACCACUACCAUUAAAGAGAUGAGCGACAUUUUCUGGAGACAUCUAUGUACUAAGGUUUACAUCCUAUUUAUCGUUCAGAACAGAUAAUUACAUUGAAAGUUUGCAUCAAAAUAAAUGAAUGUGGAUUAUUUCAAGUAUAUUUACGUGGUGAUUAUAUUUUUUCAUUCAUAACACGAUUCAAGUUUGAGAUGAUCUUUUCUAAUCCAUGGUAUUUUUUUAUUUACCAAAAUAUAAUGUGCAUUGAAUACUCUGCAGAGAGUAACAUCUUGUAAGCAAACAUUCUUCUGAGUCUGAUGAUCGCUAGUACACUAUUAACUUGCUUGUCACACUUGUUGUACAAGCAAGUUAACAGCUCUCCUGGCUGGUUUUCACUGCUGCUGCUCCAACUGAAUCAUUCCAAGGAACACUGAAACGCGAUGGAAACGUGGCAUUAUGGGAUUAACAAUGCUAGCUGGAGUGCCACAUUGGCAUCACAAGUUGAAAUCUGGUUGAAGUAGAGUUGCUUUUGAAGAGAACAAUGAGUUAGGAAUCUCUCCUUGGAAGCUUAAUACCAUCUUUGAGAAUAAACAAUUUUCCUUAAAAGGGAAAAUGAAAUCUGUUUUUAUCAACGAAUUCGAAUAUACGUUGCAUUGUCGUAAUUUUUGUGUAUACAAAUGCUAAUUUGCCUACAUGUUUUUUCUCUGGAGAAAAUAUUCAGGUAGUCAAUCGUACUGGAUGCGUACUCACGUAAGCAGGGCAGAAAUAAUUACUGUUUGCGUUGCAAUGCGAAUCGCUCAUUUAUUGUUAAUAAGCAGGGAUAAAUUAAAUAAGGCAAGGAAACGAAAGUAAAUAUUUAUUAACGGUAUAGCAUAUAAACAAUUUUGUUUGAUUCUUGAUUUUGGAAGAUGAACAAUACGAAAAAUUGUCUUCAUCAAACAGUAGCAUUGGCGGACCACCCGAUAUUGGAAAUGUUGGGAUAGAUAGUUUAUUGUAGAUCAUGUUAUAAGACUUGUCAAUGUGAAGCUAAAGGUUAUAUGUAUAUGCGUUGGAGCAAGCAUGCCGAAAAAAUGCGUAUAAAUAUAAAAUAAAUACAUCAGCAAUUGAGGGAUCCAAUGCAUAAAUCAGUCAAGUCACAUGAGAAAAGAAGUCGAGGAAACAUAAACAAACAUUUUUAAAAUAAGUGAGCUAUGAGUGAAAGAUUAAUAGCCUUGGCUGGUUUGUGCAAAGUUUUUUGAUUUUUUAAGGGUUAAAAUAAAACAAACUUUGACGUUAAAAAAUAUAUUUUUUGUUAGUUACUGAAUGAAAUAAACGUAUGGCUUAAUACAACUUUUGAUAAAAU